UCGAAUCACAAUCAAGAUAGGCUCCAAAAACAAACUCAGAGAUUAUUAUAUAAGGAUGACUUUGGUCGGCUUGGCAGCUCGCAAGCUAGCCCAAAAACAGCGCUCGGCAAAAUUGGCUGCGGCUUUUCCAAAUGGCAUUCGAUGCCAGAAAUGCCUGAAUCUUGGACAUUGGAGCUAUGAGUGCAAGGAGAAGCGCAAAUAUGUUCAUCGCAGCUCGCGAACAAAGCAAUUGAGCAAACACUUGAAAGAGAAAAGCGCAAAUGCAGCUAUAGCUCUGCCGGCAACAAAUGCAAAUGUGAUCGACGUACGCUUGGAUCGCGAGAAGCGAACGAAGUUGAAGCGAAGGCGUAGUGUCAGUUCGUCAUCAUCUAGUUCAUCGAGUAGUUCCAGCAGUAGUUCGGAUUCAUCCAAUUCGGAUUCCACCAGUAGUGACGAUUCGUCGGAUAGUUCAGACUCGGAUGAUAGCUCAUCAGAUAUCGAAUCGGGCUCUUCGAGUGGCAGCGACAGUGAUGCUUCCAGUUCCAGCAGCAAGAGCAGCGAUAGUGCUGGUGAUGAGCAGGCAAAUAAUGCGGUGCCCAAGAAGAAAAAACGUCGUGAGAGUAGCGGUGAAUCAUCUGACUAAAAAGUUGAUAGAAAACGGAUUUGAAAGAACGCGUACAAUAUAUAAAAUAAAUCAAUAGCUUUAGUAGUUUAAUUUAAGUUUAUAUCCAAAAUAUCUAUAAUUGGCAUACUUUUUAUUUAAUAUAAUUCAAUUACAAUUUAGUUGUAAAUCAUACUGUCAAUCUUUUAAUAAACUAAUUUUAAAUAAUUUCCCAUAA